AUGCAUAACACCGUUGGAAAAUCUACUACUAUUGAUGGAGUUAAUACUAAUACUACCAAGAAAAAUAAUAAAACGAUAAAUCCAAUUAUUGCCAGAGUGAAUGUUGACCAUUCAUUAUCUGGAGAUGUACCUUCCACUCCAAAUACAUUUCAGCUACAGUUAUUGGCUGAAGAAGAAAUAGAACAUAAAAAACGUCCAAUAAAUAUUUCUUCCCCGAUAAUUCGAAGUCUACUGUUAAUAUCUGCAUAUUUCUUUUGGGUAAUCCUCGUGUUACUUGGUCUUGGAUUCUCGUUAUAUAUAAUUAAGAAAUUUUUGUCGCAUCCGUAUCAUAAAUGGAAAUCGAUUGAAAAUUUUGGCGCAACUGGUUACGGUGCUUUUUUUAUCGGAUUACAUUGGGUAGGGGGAAUUCUUGUUAAUGUAUUGAUAACAUUACAAUUUCUACCGGUAAUUCGUCAACGGGCAGCUAAAUUUCACAUUUAUAGUGGACGUCUAAUAAUUUUGGGAUCAAUAUGUGCUAGCAUUGGUGGCCUUUUUUAUGUGUUUACCCGAGGCACUGUGGGUGGAAUACAAAUGAGCGUGUCAUUCUCAAUUUACGGUUUUCUAUUUCUCUUUUCCGCCCUAUUAACAUUUUAUUAUGCGCGUAAACGAGAUUUUGAUCGACAUAAACGAUGGGCUGUACGAACACUUGCUUUGGCCAUCGGGAGUGGAUUAUAUCGUAUCUAUGUAAUCCCAUUGUUCUCUUCUGCUCUAGCCGCGGAAAAUUCCGCUCAUCUAAAUAUUGCAGAAGUAAAGAAAGCGACUUCCGACAAAAAUAAUCGUAAUGCAUGUAAUAAUGACACUAAUAUAGACAUUGACAAUGAUAUAAACACUGACAACGAUAAUGACAAAGGCCUAUGA